AUGAAAAAUUCUCAGCAAGACGAAGAAGUAAGAAGAUAUUUUCAAGUGCUUUUGAAACUCAUAACUUUUGAGAACAUGAUUUCUUUUUUUCUUCUACUCUUCUGGCAACAACAUCUUGAUGAUGAAAUAAAUUAUUUUGACUCAAAAUUUAGGAUUACAAUCUUUAAAAAACCAAAGUUGAGUGAAAGUUGUCAUCAAAAAUCUUACUUAAUUAUCUACAUACGACUUUAUGAAGCCUUGCAUAGCAUUCAACAUUAA